GCCUGCGGGCGGGCGGGCGGGCCCGGCCAGGCCGCGAUGGCGACCAGGAAGGCGGGCUCGCGGCUCGAGACGGAGAUCGAGCGCUGCCGCUCCGAGAGCCAGUGGGAGCGGAUCCCCGAGCUCGUCAAGCAGCUGUCGGCCAAGCUCAUCGCCAACGAUGACAUGGCAGAACUCCUCCUCGGGGAGUCGAAGCUGGAGCAGUACCUGAAGGAGCACCCCCUGCGCCAGGGGGCCAGUCCCCGAGGCCCCAGGCCCCAGCUGACUGAGGUGCGCAAGCAUCUGACCGCCGCCCUGGACCGAGGGAACCUCAAGUCAGAAUUCCUACAAGAAUCCAAUCUGAUCAUGGCCAAGUUGAAUUACGUGGAAGGAGAUUACAAAGAAGCCCUCAACAUUUACGCCCGGGUGGGCCUCGAUGACUUGCCGCUCACCGCCGUCCCUCCAUACAGGCUGCGGAUGAUCGCAGAGGCCUACGCCACCAAAGGACUUUGCCUAGAGAAGUUGCCUAUUUCCUCUUCUACCAGUAAUCUCCAUGUGGACCGGGAACAGGAUGUCAUCACCUGUUAUGAGAAAGCUGGGGACAUUGCACUCCUGUACCUCCAAGAGAUAGAAAGGGUCAUAUUUACUAAUAUUCAAAACAGAAGCCCUAAGCCUGGCCCUGCUCCCCACGAUCAAGAACUAGGUUUUUUCCUAGAAACAGGACUUCAGAGAGCCCAUGUCCUCUAUUUCAAAAAUGGGAACUUGACAAGAGGAGUGGGGAGAUUUAGAGAGAUCCUCAGAGCAGUUGAAACGAGAACAACUCAAAACCUGCGAAUGACGAUAGCCAGGCAGUUGGCUGAGAUCUUGUUGCGGGGGAUGUGUGAACAGAGCUACUGGAACCCUCUGGAGGAUCCACCAUGCCAGUCGCCUCUGGACGAUCCUCUCCGGAAAGGAGCAAACACAAAAACCUACACCCUCACUCGGAAAGCCCGCAUCUACUCAGGAGAGAACAUUUUUUGUCCUCAAGAAAAUACUGAAGAAGCCCUGUUGUUAUUGCUGAUUAGUGAGUCAAUGGCCAACCGGGAUGCUGUGCUGAGCAGGAUACCCGAGCACAAGAGCGACCGCCUCAUCAGUUUGCAGAGUGCAUCUGUGGUCUAUGAUUUACUGACCAUCGCUCUUGGAAGAAGAGGCCAGUAUGAGAUGCUGUCAGAGUGCUUGGAGAGAGCCAUGAAGUUUGCCUUUGAGGAGUUCCACCUCUGGUACCAGUUUGCUCUGUCACUCAUGGCUGCUGGAAAAUCUGCUCGUGCUGUAAAGGUGCUGAAAGAGUGUAUCCGUCUGAAGCCCGACGAUGCCACCAUCCCCCUCCUCGCUGCGAAGCUGUGCAUGGGCUCCCUUCACUGGUUGGAAGAGGCUGAGAAGUUUGCCAAAACUGUCGUUGAUGCCGGAGAGAAAACGUCAGAGUUCAAGGCCAAAGGCUACUUAGCUCUGGGGCUCACGUACAGUCUGCAGGCCACUGACGCUUCUUUGCGAGGGAUGCAGGAGGUCCUACAGAGAAAGGCGCUUCUUGCAUUUCAGAGGGCCCACAGCCUGUCACCUACAGAUCACCAAGCAGCUUUCUACCUGGCUCUGCAGCUUGCCAUCUCCAGACAGAUACCAGAGGCUCUGGGGUAUGUCCGCCAAGCUCUUCAACUUCAAGGCGAUGAUGCCAACUCCCUGCACCUCCUGGCCCUCUUGCUGUCAGCACAGAAGCAUUACCACGAUGCUCUGAAUAUCAUUGACAUGGCCCUGAGUGAAUAUCCAGAAAAUUUUAUACUACUGUUUUCCAAAGUGAAGCUGGAGUCACUCUGCCGCGGCCCGGACGAGGCGCUCCUCACCUGUAAGCACAUGUUACAAAUAUGGAAAUCCUGCUACAACCUAACCAAUCCCAGUGAUUCUGGACGUGGGAGCAGCCUCUUAGAUAGAACCAUUGCUGACAGACGACAGCUUAAUACAAUUACUUUGCCAGACUUCAGCGAUCCCGAGACAGUGUCAGAUUCCUCCUCCUCCUCCUCUUCUCUUUCAAGAACCGAAUCUCCUCUCCACCUGUUUGUAUCUUCUCAUCUUCAUUCUCAUCCCAAACCCGAUACCUUUGUGUGGCCCCCUGCAGCUCAUUCAUUCAGUGACCCAGGCCCCCGCCGGGAACCCUCUCUGUGCAACUCUCCAGAAGUAUACUUUCAUGGUUUUCCCUCCCUUUUUUCAGUUAGCUCUAUCCACGCCACGUCAGUAGCAGCCUCAAGAGUGGAGCAGGCCCUGUCGGAAGUGGCCUCGUCUCUACAGAGCAGUGCCCCCAAGCAGGGCCCGCUACACCCCUGGAUGACGCUGGCGCAGAUCUGGCUCCAUGCAGCUGAAGUCUACAUUGGCAUUGGGAAGCCUGCAGAAGCCACAGCCUGCACCCAGGAAGCUGCCAACCUCUUCCCAAUGUCCCACAACGUCUUGUACAUGCGUGGCCAGGUUGCCGAGCUCCGAGGAAACGUCGAUGAAGCCCGGCGGUGGUAUGAAGAAGCCUUAUCCAUCAGCCCCACCCACGUGAAGAGCAUGCAGCGACUGGAGCCCCCAGUCCUUGAGUGAAUACACAUGAUGCUCCCCAACAGCAGGCCCAAGCCGGAGAAAAACUGUGCCCUGAAGAGGAGCCAUCUCCCCGUCAUAGCCGUGGGAAGGAGCAACCGAGUCAGCAACCGGGGGUUGGAGAAGUGAAAGGAAGGACACAGGUUGGUGGGGAGAAGAGAAAGGGAGACACAGCGUGGCAGAUGCCCAUUUGCUCUUGCUCAGAUAUAACUGGGUUAGUGCUUGAGGGGCUCUGGGCUCGUCUCUGAAGGCAAGAGAGGUGCCAGCAAGUGGAUGGGCAGACUUGGUGGGGAGAAUGGGGCUUUGGCCUCAGGCAGACCUGGGCUGGCCUGCUGCUCCAUACUCAUUGGCCCUGUGACCUUGGGCAAGACCUUUCUGAACCUUGUCUCCUUGUAUCUAAAGGGACAGUAAUAUGAGAUGAGCCUGGUACACAGGCCCAGCACAGUGCCUAAUGGGGAGAAGACAUACCCUGUGGAAGAAGGAAACAGCGUGGGGCUGGGUCCACAGCAGCAGAGCCCAGUGGGACCUAAAUUAUAUCCUCUACCUGCAGCCACAUAACCAAGGACGCCUCUUUCUGUCUUACCAGGUGGCUUGUCCCUUGUCACCCUUUUGCCAAACACAUGCAGUGUGUGUCUCCCCGCCUGGUGGAGCCACACGGAAGCUUGUGUGUAUUCAGUAAUUUCGAUGCACUGAGAAAGUUGUGUCUUGAAGAAACAUGCUGGGGCUCCUUUUGUAAUCCUUUCACGCUGUUGCUGCUCGCUGCCGCUGUGCAGACCCCCUGCUCUCGUUUCUGUUGAGUAAAUAGGAAUGUUCUCGAGUGAGCUCAGGCUGAUAACCUCCCCUGGAAGCAAGGGGGCAGGAACUCAAGAGCUGUACAUCCUGUUGAACACAACCUGGGAAAGCGGCUCCCGCUCUUCCUGCCUGACCUUCGAGGUUGGGAAAUGAGGGUGUCGAGCUGUCUGAUUUUCUCUAAAGGAGACCAGCGUGGGAAGAGCACCACCUGGGAGACGGGUAUGAUUCCUCACCACCCCAACCCUGGACUGCACCCAGGUGGGCCCUGGGAGUGAGGGAUGUGGGUUCCAGCCCAGCUCUGCAGUAGCUAGCUUAUGCCUGGGGACAAGAGACUUGGCCUCUAGGAGCCAUAGUUUACUCCUUGCAAAAUGGAGUAGGACUACCUAGUGCCUGGGGAUAUUUCUCCACCAGGUAAUCGGUGCUCCUCAGCUGUGGGCUGUUUCUCCGAAGCAAUAAAAGCAGGCCUCGUACCAGGUGUGUAUAUGUCCUGGCCAUGCCUGUGUGCAGUGGCUCUGGGGGUCCCCAGGUGAAUUCAAUGAACUGACAUAAGCCCCUACAACUACCUGGUGUGUCAGAAACGCCAUGGAAGUGCUUGCUGCUGUUGGAUGGAGGAAUAUUCUUCCUCCAGGAAGCCCCGGUCCAUGCUGGACAGUUGCCCCUGUUCUCGCACACGGUUCCCGUAUCCCCUAGUGGAUGGAGUGCAGGAGCUGGGGGGAGGGAGCAGUGAGGAGAAAACCCUGUGCAGACUGGGAAGUGGUUCUCCAUGGUGGCCUCGUGUGCAGACAGCUAGGGCUGGGAGGCUUGUGCUGGUGGGCCUUGCGAACCUGACCCUGACCAGCCUUGGGAAGGCCGCCGAAACCCACAGUUCACCCUGGAGAAGGGGCAGGGCCUUGCCUUCUGAGGAGAGCAAAUUCCAGAAGCCAAGGUGGAAUCCUAACUGGGAGCACUGACUUGCGGGCCACCUCUCUCCUUCUCGAGCUUCAAGGAAGGAGCCGCCCUCAGCUCUGGCAGAUCCAAUCUAGGACCUGGUCCUACCCAAGGACUCCAGCAUGGACGUCGUUAAGCAUGUCUAAAUGUUGAUAAGAAAGGAAACGGAUGCUGUUUCCUUUCAGUUUUCCUCUCAGAGAGGGUAGAUCUGACCUUGAAGUCCGCUGUGCCCUGGCCAGGGGAGGGCAGCCUCUAUCUGCCUGGGCUUCCUGAACUGCCUCCCGCUCCCAGAGCUGGGGGCGUGAGGAGGACCCCUCCACAGUGUCACACACUGCCCUAGGGCCGUGGGUCUCUGUGGCCGUCGCCCUGUGACCGUGAGCUCCUCCCAGGUGGGCCUCACAGCUCCUGCACCAGGUGCUCGUUGUGACUCUCAGAAGUCAGGCUGCUUUUCAGGCCCUCAGAUGCCACCUCCAGAACCACGUGCCCUGGGGAGAGGUCAGUCCACAGGGCCUGGACACUGCCCACUGAAGGGCAGAGCGCAUCUUCCUCGCAGAGCGCGUCUCUGGCAGAGCUCUCUGGAGUGGGUCCGUGGAGGCCACAGCCAGCCUCUGGCAGGCACGUUUAUGCCUCUGCUCCGGCUGCUUCUGCUCCUGAGAGCCCACCCGCUGCCCUUCGCCCCUUGGUGAAGUGCAGGCUUGAGAACACAGGCUGCCUCACCAGUGCCGUGCGUGAGCCGCAAGAAGGAAGUGCAGGCCUCACGGGGACAUCUGGGUGAGGUCUGAAGCCCCCACGGCCAUGCCAUGUUCCUGGGUGGGAAUACUGAACGCUGUAAAGGUGUCGGGCUUCUCCACCGCACCUAGAGAUUUCGUGCAGUACAGUUCAGCUCCCAAAGGAGACGAACACAGUGGGCUGUAAAUUCACCUGGAAUAGUGCAGGGCAAGAUUGUCAGAAAAUACACCGAAAGCAAAGAGCAGUGAGGAAAGGCUCUAAUCCCACCUGUCGAACGUGACGUGGAGUAACGGAAAUCAACACGAUACAGCCUCAUGCGGCAAGAGGUGCUAUGGCCGCUGGGAAAUUAUAGAAGGCCCCUGCUUCAUGUAAUGAUUCACCAUAUGACAAAGGCAGCGCCUCGCAUGAGGGAGGGGAAGGGAGCCUCCGAAAAGUACAGGAAAUCCACUCAGAUUCCUAUCGCCCAAGUAAAGUAAGCAGCUACGUAAAGAAAGUCAGGUCACAGUAAAUGAAACUGAACGUGUGUCGCUUCUUUAAAGGAUAACUUCCUAAGCUUUGAAACAACAAAAAAAUAAAUGGAUAAUCAGAGAUCGACAAAUUCAAUUUAAAAAAACUAAAAACUUUUGUUCAGAGAAAAAAACCUCGAAAGCCAAAAAUACCUAGGCAAUUAUGGCAGCAGAUGAAUAUCAGUCUUCUAAAAGGCUCGUAAACAGAGACAUGGGAAAUAUUUAACAUUGAUUGUUCUGAAAGAAAUGCAGGUUUCAGUAAGGCAGGCCAUUCUGUGCUUACAAAAUUAGCAAAAAUAAAGAAUAAUGAUAGUGGGGAGUGAAGGACCAACCACUGAAAACUCUGUAAAUGGCCAAAAAAGUGACAUGACACUUUGGGGAUAUAAUUUGCAAAAUAUUUGGAGAACCCUAAAAAGAGUCAUAUCCUCUAACCCAAUAAUGCCACUUUGGGGAAAUUUGCCCUCAAAAAUUCCUCAAAUUUGCUUCCUCAAGGAAGCACCUCCAAAUGGUUGUCAAGCUAGUAGCACCGAGCCUUGUCCAGGGCCCCAUGGGGGACUCUGGGUCCUCCCCAAUAUGCUACCCCCCAUCCCCAUCCCGAGUAGUUCCCUUUUUUUGUUUUUGAAUCAGGGUAGCACUCUUUUUUUU